CAGCUUUCUCAUCCCCACCACCGCUGCCCCCUCGUCUGCCAUUCCCAGCGAUUACUAUCAGUUGUGUGACCUCAGCCAGCUGAGCAGUGGAAGCGCCCCUCGAGAGAGGGGCCAGCUUCUCCAUGCUUCCCUGCCCACCACCUCUCCCGGCAGAGAGCAUCAUGGCAGAGCAGGUGGCCCUGAGCCGGACCCAGGUGUGCGGGAUCCUGCGGGAAGAGCUGCACCAGGGUGACGCCUUCCACCAGUCCGACACACAUAUCUUCAUCAUCAUGGGUGCCUCGGGCGACCUGGCCAGGAAGAAGAUCUAUCCCACCCUCUGGUGGCUGUUCCGAGACGGCCUUCUGCCCGAGGAUACUUUCAUCGUCGGCUACGCCCGCUCCCCCCUCACGGUGGCCGAGAUCCGCCAGCAGAGCGAGCCCUUCUUCAAAGCCACCCCAGAGGAGAAGGCCAGGCUGGACGAGUUCUUCGCCCGCAAUUCCUAUGUUGCUGGCCAGUACGACGACACCGCCUCCUACCAGCGCCUCGUUGACCACAUCAACAGCCUCCACCAGGGACCGACAGCCAACCGCCUCUUCUACCUGGCCUUGCCCCCCACCGUCUAUGAGGCCGUCACCAAGAACAUCCGGGAGACCUGCAUGAGCCAAACAGGCUGGAACCGCAUCAUCGUGGAGAAGCCGUUCGGAAGGGACCUGAAGAGCUCCAACCAGCUGUCCGAACACAUCUCCCAGCUGUUCACAGAGGACCAGAUCUACCGCAUCGACCACUACCUGGGCAAGGAGAUGGUGCAGAACCUGAUGGUGCUGAGGUUCGCCAACAGGAUCUUUGGCCCCAUCUGGAACCGGGACAACAUCGCCUGCGUCAUUCUCACCUUCAAGGAGCCCUUUGGCACCGAGGGCCGCGGGGGCUACUUCGAUGAAUUUGGGAUCAUCCGGGACGUGAUGCAGAACCACCUGCUGCAGAUGCUCUGCCUGGUGGCCAUGGAGAAGCCUGCCUCCACGGACUCAGACGACGUCCGCGACGAGAAGGUCAAGGUGCUGAAAUGCAUCUCAGAAGUGCAGGCAGAAAACGUGGUCCUGGGCCAGUACGUGGGGAACCCCAGCGGCAAGGGGGAGGCCUCCCAAGGGUACCUGGACGACCCCACGGUGCCCCACGGCUCCACCACGGCCACGUUCGCGGCUGCGGUCCUGUACGUGGAGAACGAGAGGUGGGACGGGGUGCCCUUCAUCCUGCGCUGCGGCAAAGCCCUGAACGAGCGCAAAGCUGAGGUGCGGCUGCAGUUCCGCGACGUGGCGGGCGACAUCUUCCAGCGGCAGUGCAAGCGCAACGAGCUGGUGAUCCGCGUGCAGCCCAACGAGGCGGUGUACACCAAGAUGAUGACCAAGAAGCCUGGCAUGUUCUUCGACCCCGAGGAGUCGGAGCUCGACCUGACCUACGGCAACAGAUACAAGAACGUGAAGCUGCCCGACGCCUACGAGCGCCUCAUCCUGGACGUCUUCUGCGGGAGCCAGAUGCACUUCGUCCGCAGUGAUGAGCUCCAGGAGGCCUGGCGCAUCUUCACACCGCUGCUGCACAGGAUCGAGAGUGAGAGGAACCCACCCAUCCCCUACGUGUACGGCAGCCGAGGCCCCUCGGAGGCAGAUGACCUGAUGAAGAGAGUGGGCUUCCAGUACGAGGGCACCUACAAGUGGGUGAACCCCCACAAGCUCUGACCCCCACCGGACCUGCCGCCCGCCCGCCCGCGCCUCACCACGGCCUCACAUUCCUGCCCACGCGCUGCCACCCAGCCCCACUACAUUCCUCGGACAGCCCGCGGGGCGCCCAUGCCGUCGCCCAGCCCAGCCUGGCACUCGGUGGCACAGUGGCUGCCCAGGAGCCCAAGGCCGCCGGCCCUGUGGGCCGUGAGCACGCUCCUGGACGCGGCAGGCCUCAGGGCCCUCCGCAUUCCUGUCCGCCAGCCGGGGGCCUGUGGCCUUGCAGCAAGCCCCCGUCUCUCUGCCCGCACCCGACUGCACUCCGCAGCCAACUCCCCCCGCCCCAAGCAGCUCCUUGCUGGGAAUGCAGCACGUGGGACGCCCCCAUUAAAUCCACAAGAGUCCUUUGUC